CGUGUCCAACUUGUCUAGGUGCGUUGAUUUAAACAGUUUAAAGAUGAUGGGCAUGAAAAGUCAUGAUUGUCAUGUCUUCAUGCAACGACUUUUGCCAAUUGCUCUUCGGGAGCUUCUUCCGGCAGAAGUGUGGGAGCCUUUAACAGAGUUGAGUAUAUUCUUCAGAGAGUUAACCGCCACAUCGCUGAAAAAGGCAGAUCUUCAGAGAUUAGAGCUUGAUAUCCCGAAGAUACUGUGCAAGUUGGAACGUAUAUUUCCGCCGAGUUUUUUUGAUUCGAUGGAACAUCUCCCCGUACACCUUCCAUACGAAGCUAUGAUGGCAGGACCUGUUCAGUAUCGUUGGAUGUAUCCGUUUGAAAGAUACCUGAGAAAACUCAAAAAUAAGGUUUCGAAUAAAGGCAGAGUGGAAGGAAGCAUUAGCAGCGGAUAUCUACUGGAGGAAACAGCAAAAUUUGCAUCUUUUUAUUUCAAGGAUGGUGAUCCGAUGGUACCAUGUCGGAUGCAAAGAAAUGAAGUUUGCGAAAUGGACGUUGAUGAUGAUUUCGACAGAUUAAAUAUUUUCAAACCAAAAGGGCGACCUGUAGGUGCUUGUCGGAACAGAUAUCUGGAUGAUGCUGAAUAUGUUGCUGCCCGAAGCUACAUCCUUUUGAAUUGCCCUGAAAUCGAACCUUACAGAGAGUAAGUCUUAAUAUACAAAUUUAAGUUCAGUAUUGAAGAAUUUGAUACAAAUUGUAUUAAUUCGCUCGUAUUCUUGUAAAAAGAGUUUUUGAAGGCGAGUUGUAUGAAUUCAACCCCGAAAUUACACAGACCGAAGUUGUAGUCAAAUUGGAGAGGGAAUUCGCCUUUUGGUUCGAGCAAUAUGUGAAAGACCCAACUGUCAGUACCAAUCCCUAUAUUCUAAGUCUUGCAAAGGGACCGCUUAGAUCGGUCAAAACAUUCAAG